AUGAAGUCCAAAAGCGAAACACCGGCUGACGCCCAGUACGCGAGGAAGGACAAUCUCGAGAUGUCGCGCCCUACCCUGCACCGGCUCAACAUUCUGGAUCUGCCUAAUGAGUUACUCGUAGACAUCUUCGAGAUUCUCGAAAGCGCCAAAAACAGAGCUUGGCGGCCGAAGCGCCGUCUCCAUGACAGUCCUGACAUACGCCAUGUCCGCCUCACCUGCCGACGGUUCUGCAACACCAGCUCGCAUCUGCUCGUCUCCCACGUCAGGGUAGAUCUGAGUGUGGCAUCGCUUGCGCGACUGGCCGAGAUAGCGUCCCAUCCCGAGAUCCGCAAAGGCGUCAAAGUGGUUAGCGUCCAGCUCUCCUUCUGGGACGCGCGUAUGGCCAACGAUCUCGCCAGGUUCAUUAACCACACAACGCGCAACUUCCCGACGAAAGUUUUCGACAUCCUAAGUGGCGCGCCCGGCUCUAAGAUUUCGAGUCUUAACAUCUCCAAAAAGGUCCAAUCACAUCCACACCCCGACGCCGUGCGUGUCGGGAGCAAAUCAAACACCUAUCUCCAGGAGGUCCUACGGGACACGCACGAAGAAUAUCGGCAGCUCCACCGAGAGCAAGAGAGUCUGCUCAGGCGAAAUGCCUUCGAGCGAGCAGUCGCAAGUGCUAUGGCGCGAAUGCCAAAAGCGUGCUCGUUGGAGGUCGAUGACCAGGACGUAUGGCUACGCAGAGAUCGGCCGAAGAGCUGCGGGAAGGAGCCCAAGAGAAUCGUCCACCGAAACUUGAUACGUCCAAUACGGUGGGCAUUUUCUUCGCAGUCGGGUUGUCCCCCGAUGAAGCUGCUUCAUACAUUACCGAUCAUAUGUCACGAAGCUGGGGUCCACCUGAAGAGCCUGAGCAUCCAUGUAACACGCCCCGAAUCAUAUGCCGUCCUAUCGUCGGACCAAGUCGCUCUCGCAAAGCUCAGUCUUGCAACUCAGCAUUUGGAAUAUUUAUAUUUCGGGGAGGACCGUGGAGGGAUGCAUGGACUCACAUCUGGGCACUUCUACGGUAGCGUCGCCCCCAUAAGCAAUUACUUGACGACGGUGGCGAGCGGCAAAAAUCUCAGACGGGUUCGCCUUGAACAUGGCCAUGAUCUCGAAAGGAGUGUCGCGCUGGCUCUGGUAAGAUGUUUGCCAUGGCAGAACGAACCGAACGUCUACAUGAGCAGGCUCUGCGUCCAUUCCUCUGAACUCGCCGAGUUCGUCAACCCCUUGGACAAGCCAAUGAAGUUGCACUUUGGACGAGUCAGACUGGUCUGCGGCUCUUGGGCCGAUGCCUUUGACAUGCUUCGCCAAAAGCGGCUUCACUGGAGUUUCGAUGGCUUAUCUGGCGGCGAGGUUGAUGAUCUCGGUGGUUUUGAUGGGAGCCCGCCCGUGUCCGUGACGCGCAAUGGGAGGUUGGGCCAAGCUGAGAAGUACAUACAAGGAUUGGUGACGCUCAACCCGAUUAGGGUGGCCUGUCAGACCCGUCCGUGGUUUGAUGACCUGGUAACGGAACUGUCGCUCGGGGGUUGUGCGAAUCUCCUGCAUUAA